AAGGCAAGCGCUUGUCUUCUAUUAGGUCCUCAAACGUCAUACAAGAACCUUAUGGGCCGGAUACCACGUGCUAAACAGCGGGCGCAAUCUGCGACGUCGCGGCCGCCGCCGCUACCGUAUUGGGCGUAUUGCGUGCGGACUACUACAUCUGCGCGGCCGUCCGAAAGCGGGUGCAAAAAGCGGCGCAGACCGCCCAAUGCGAGAUGAGGAGUUUGCGUGUGCUCCCGGCGGCUGUAGCGGAAGGCCUGGUGGAGGAGAGCGGCCGCAAACGGAAGAGGAAGUUCGAGGCCGCUGAGCUGGCCGUCCUGGUGGAGCAGGCGGAUUCAUACGCGGAUCAGCUGCAGCAGAGAGACCUCAGCGCCGCCGGGAAACGAGCAAUUUGGGACGCGAUUUGCGAAAAAGUCAACGCUGUGAGCAGGACCAGGAGAUCCGCGGAAGACGUCAAGAGGAGGUUGCAAGAUUAUCGCCGGAGAACGCGAGAAAAGGCUUGCCUUAAUAACAUCGAUGCUAAUCAUGGAGGGGAGCCGGCGGAAGAGAAGCCGCCAUCGCCGGUAGAGGAAAAGGUUCCCGUGUCUUUCCUGGAUCAGCACAUUGUUGGGAUCGGGGGAUAUGAGUCCUUGGAGCCGAACAUCACAGACCAAGACUCUUCAUCGUAUGACCGGCAAUCCCCGCCGCACUGCUCCAAUCAGCUCAGGUCCGACGCGUCUUCUUCAGCAGAGCCCCGACGGCGUCCACCUAAUUACGAAAACAUUGAUCAGGAGUUGCUGGAGCAGCAAAAAAAACUAACUGAUGGCUUGCAGGCCAUCGCCCAGGAGGUGAGGGCUGCGUCCGGUGCGGCGCAGGCCCUCCGCCGGGACACGCAGGACAUCGCUGCGCACACCAGGCAGCUGGUCAAUGCCGUGUCCGGGUUGACGGUGGCAGUCAACGCUCUUGCAACAGUCGCGAGGUCUUUUAGUCGCAGUGGUCCUUCCACGGAGCAACAGGAGGACACUGCAGCAGGAGAGAAGUCACGCAACCUGCGAAAACGCAACGCCCCGACUAAAGAAUUUGUUCUAAAGAAAAGAAAGAAAUAGUAAAUAUAUUUUUUGUAAAUAUUGUCUAUAGUUUUCUGUUCUCUGGUGAUGGUAAAGUUUGUUUCAAAACAUGCCACGUAUAAGUUCAUUUGUGCCUUUUUUAGGUGCAUU